CAACCGAGCAGGUUGGCAGGGUGGGUGAGUUGCUCUGUUUGUUGUGAUCGCCAGCUGAGCGCUCGACGCCACGCGGGUAGCAGCUGUCUCCGUCGAUCGUCAGAUAAAGAGAUUAAUGGCGUCAACAGUGUGACGUUUAGUUCCUCUUGCGCCCUUGCCCAGAAUAAGAGCAACAAGAGGGACUGUCUGAAGACUUGUGAGGCGGCUGGACCCACCUGGUGAGGUAGGGCUCUGCUGUGGACUAAUCAAAACACCUCCGCGGGUUCCUUGUAUUCGUGUAGUGUAGUGUUGUGUUGCUUGUAGGGCACGCUAGGAAAAAAUGAGUGAUGUGUAACUUAAUGCAUUCCCAGUAUUGAAGAAUCGCUCGUGCGUCUAUGUGAUACUUGUUGAUUAAAAAAAAAAGAAAAGUGCUUGAUUUUGUGUGACUGGCGGUGUUUCUGAGCAUUCACGAUGGUGUUAUUGUGGACCCAACACGAUGGAGAGCGCAUCGAGCCCCAGCCGACGGAUGAGAUCGUGCAGGAGCACCGUAAAGAAGAUCAACAAGUGGCCAGCAAGACCGUGAAGGGCGAGGGCUCAACCACCCAGGCUUGUGCCUCUCCAGUUCCGACCAUAAACAUCGAAGACCUGACCGCUGGUGCCCCUCCCUCGGAGAAGCAUGUAGUCACGCUGUGCCAAGUCUCUGAGAUCAUCGGCAGGAAGAAGUGUAGCACCUCCUUCAUUUCUCCCUCCGUCUCUCCCUCCUCCUCCUCGGCAUCUCCCUCCCCUCCUCCGUCCUCCUGCACCCCCACAAACACCGACACGGUGGAGGUGGUGUCGGUGGAGACACUGGAGGCGGCAGCGUUGGAGAACACCACCCGCGUGGCUGUCAACAAGACUGCUACUCUCGGACCAUCACUACGCCUGGAGGAGGAGGAAGAGGAGGAGGAAGAGGGUAACAGGAAGAAGAAGAGUCAGAAGAGGAAGUUCUACACACUUCCCAGGAACUGGAAGAGCAAAGCUGCAGAUUUCAUCUUGACUAAAGGUUGUUGCAAGAGACAGGACUCCUCGGCCUCCACGGCUCCUGGACGGCCUCGCUCAAAUGCUUCUCCUCAGUCUUCCGUAGCUCCAGCUUCUGCUACUGCUGCUUCAGCACCUUCUUCCACGGGUGCCGUAGCUGUUUCACCUCUAGUACUGCCUGCUUCUCACACCUCUGUGGCCUCCUUCCCGUCUCCUAUAGUGACCGUAGGAACGGCUGACCCUCCUUUGGCUGCUACUACUUCUCUGACUGCUGCUGCACCUGUUACUUCUUCUCUGACUACUGCUACAACUUCCGCUUCUGCACUUUCUUCUGCUAUAAAAUCACCUCAUAGUGGUGCAGCAGCUCCAGCACCACUUGCAGCCACUACUGCUAGUACUUCUGGCCACGACACUCGGUCUUCUGCAGUUGGCUUUGCUACCCCUGCAGGCAUGUCCUCGGGGAGCCGGGGGCCCAGCCCCCCGCCCGUGGUGGCCACAAUGAGCGUCAGUCACCACACCGUCACCACCACCACCACCGCCGUCCCCAUCAAACCCAUACGACGCUGGAAAACAUUGUGCGAGUCUUGCGGUAAGAAGUGCUCUGGUGAAGUGCUCCGAGUCCAGGAGAAGUACUUCCAUAUUAACUGCUUUAAGUGCCACAGCUGCAAGAAGUCACUAGCACAGGGAGGCUUCUUCACACGGGAGAAGGACUACUAUUGUACUGAAUGUUACCAGAAGAACUUUGGCCAACGAUGCGCUACAUGUGGGUUAUACGUAGAGGGAGAAGUUGUCUCUGCCCUUGGUAAUUCAUACCAUCAAAAAUGCUUCACGUGUGCGCGUUGCAGACAACCAUUUCCAACGGGUGAACGAGUUACUUAUACUGGGAAGGAGUGUCUGUGUCAGCGAUGUUUGCAUAUACCUGUUGUAGACUCCCAGUCACCUAGUCGCUCACCAACGACUGCAGGACCGAAAUGUGCGGGAUGCAAGGAGGAGCUGGUGGAGGGGCAGGCACUGAUUGCCUUGGACCAGCAGUGGCAUAUAUGGUGCUUCAAGUGUGCCAUUUGUAGCACGGUGCUACAUGGAGAGUAUAUGGGAAAGGAUGGUUUGCCUUACUGCGAGAAGGAUUAUCAGGCUCAGUUUGGUGUCAAGUGUGCAUACUGCAAUAGAUUCAUUAGUGGCAAAGUGUUGCAGGCUGGUGACAAUCAUCACUUCCACCCAACAUGCGCACGAUGCACCAAGUGUGGAGAUCCAUUUGGAGACGGCGAGGAGAUGUACUUACAAGGAACAGCUAUUUGGCAUCCUCGUUGUGGCCCUGGUCCCACAGAAAAUGGCACGGUCCUUAAUGGUUCAUUAGCUAAUGGCCAUCACAUAAAUGGGGAACAGAAAACUGAGAGAGAUCGUGAUUUUGAUGGCAUGAGCUCAACAGCUUCAGAAACACAAUUUUCUCGAUCCCGCACGCCAAGCCUUAAUGGAUCCUUCCGCUCCUAUAGUCCCUAUAACAGCCUGAACCGCAAGUUCUCAGGUCCAUAUCGCACAUGCUCACCUGGAUUGAUCCUGCGUGAGUACAAGUCCUCUCAAAGCCCUAUUGACAUCACACGCAUCUAUACAUACUCUUAUCUUGCUGCUGAGCCUUCACAAGGGUACCUCAAACGCCCGUUGGACCCUUACGACCGUCCUCCCCCCAAGUCACCGCACUUCCACCGUCCGCCAAUGGAUAGUCGAAAACUAUCACUGCCCAAGACGUCUAGCAGAUUAGGUAUGCGAGUUUUGGUGGAUCAAAUGCAAGCAGAGACUCCAAGACCUAAAUCUCCUCAUAUGAACAAUGAGGAGCCCAUAAUACUAUCACAUUAUCCUGGAGGACGGAAGCCAAGUUCUGGAGACGUCUCACGAAUUGAGAGAGAUGACUUCCCUGCCCCACCCUAUCCUUACACUGAUCCUGAUGUUUCAGAGCGGCGGCGCAGAUGGUCAGGCAGUAAUAAAGCUGUCAGCAUCGAUGAAACUGACGAAGGCACUGAAAUAGACGAAGACUCUGUGGCUGAAGAUCCUAAAUUAAAGAGAGAGGAAGUAGAAUUAAGUAAGAUAGCAACUGGCAUUGGUAAAGUGUUCCUUCAACAAGUAAAAGAAAGAGAAAAGAUUCGAGCAUGGAAAGCCACCCACCUUGACCCACGCAAUGCCUCGAGAACACCAGCUGCUGACCGCGAGCCUGGGAAUAAAUUACGUUUUGGGUCAUCUCUUAACGCAUCACCCUCUCGAAUGACUGACCACAGUCGACCUUGGGGACCUGAAGACGAUGAAUUCGACCGAGGUUCAUCAUAUCGAUGUUCUACUGGAAGAUCUUCAGCAACUAUACCAUCUUAUAACGAACGCCGAGCUGUGUGCAUCAGCAACGUACAGUAGUGGCCUUCGAGGUUACUCGUCCUACUCUCCCCACCUUCGUCGCUCACUGCCCAACAUGCAUCAUAUGUCCUCUGAACCCCCUAAGAUUUAUCCUGCACAUCUCUUAUUAGUAACUAACUACCGCCUGCCCAAUGAUGUGGAUCGCUGCCAUUUGGAGCGUCACCUAUCUGAUACCGAUUUUGAAAUGGUGUUCCACAUGACUCGAAUGGACUUCUAUCGCCUUCCAGAAUGGAGGAGAAAUGAUUUAAAGAGGCGAUCCAAGCUUUUUUAAAAUAUUUUUAGGUAUUUCAUUUAUUUAUGGAAAAUUCAGUUACCCACAUGAACUAUCAGCUUACUAAUUUAUAUAAAUUGUUUCAAAGGUUGCAAACAAUGAUCCUUUUAACACUGGAUUACUAAUUGGGUCUUGAGGGAACUGUUUUUAAUUUGUAUUAACUGCAAGCAGGAUACUUAAUGUGGAUAUCUAAAAUUUUGCAAGCAAACUUUGGAAUCCAUCAUCCCUCUAUAAUGUACACGUGACAGCCAUUUAAUUCCAUCCUAAUUAUCAGUUUUGGGAACUGCAGCAUUUAUUCAGAAUCAAUUUCUGUGAAAUUCUCCAGAUCAAAGUUGAGAAUGAUCUAAAAGGUGCUUUGAUCAAUUCCAUAUAACAUAUUUGUAGUGGAUAUAUGUAUAGUGUUUUAUAACAUUAAUAGGAUCUUCAAUUAGGUUGAAAUUAAUAGCAAUUUUUGUACACACCACUAGCUAAAUUUUGUCCAGAUAGGUUCAUAAAGUAUUAGAGAUAUUUAUCAAGAUAUUUUUUAAGCAAUAUUUUAAAUAUUGAUAGCUUUUGUUGGGUCAAAAUGUAGAGGUGAAUGGGUGCAUUUAGUUACAGUAUGUAUGGACUGAUCGAUACAUGGUUGUUUGCCCACAUUACAGUGCUUGUUACUUCAAGUUUCACAUCUUCUAGUCUUUUUUUUUUUUCUCCAUUGGAUCCAAAAUAUUAGUGGAUCUUAGAAGUUAUAUGUUAAUAUCUCCCUAUUGCUUGUUUUUGGUGCUUAUGUUGGGCAGUGAUCUUUCAUACCAAAAGUCAUCAAGGACUCAGCUUUUAAAAACUGUUAAACCAUCUUUUCUGUUAGUGUAAAUAUGAAAAAGAUUGAAAUUCUUCAAGCUUAACAUGCCUGAUUUUUUUUCACGUCGAUAAAAAACCUUAAAAUUCAUAAAGAUCUGCAAAAUAUGUAAUAAAUGGAACAUGUAAAUUACAAGUUGUAACCUGUUUGUAAAUAGUGCCUCGUAGAGCUUCACAUGUGGUGCGAUGAGUGGUUGUGAUCCUAGUUGGGAUUCCUAGAGUCCUACCUCAGGGUGUGCUAGGAAGGCUUUGCUAGCUAUAUUAUGUUACACAAAAAAUGCUUUGUUAAUUUGGGUCAAGUUUUUGGUCACGAUGUUCAAUUAGAGAACUUUAGGCUAUCAAGGUGUUUCUUAAUUCUUUCUUUUAUAUUAGCAAAGCUUCUCCUAAAUUUGGUUACAGUGCAGAACUUUACUUUGUGUUCCUUCAAAAACAAAAAACAAAAAAAGAAAGAUAUUAGUGUCUUAUCAGUUAUACUGCAGUUACAUCACUCCAGUCUGUGGUGCAUAAGCCACAUGCUGGACUAAUGCCUGAGGUUGGGGAGGGAUGGGAGAUCAUGUAGUCUGUUAUUACAACUAUAUGUUAUUGCAGCAGCUAAAUUAAUGGUUGUCCUGACUGCCAUGCUCCUUCUUAAAGACAUAUAUUUUAUAUUUUAGCUUUUUAGCAAAUUUAGUAUUAGUAUUAAUGGCCAGAAUGAGUUGUGAGGUUGUAAAGAUAUACCAGCCAGUAAGUAUAGUUUGAUCAGUUUCUGUAUCUGUAUUGAAACUGAUCUUCAUUUUAAUCUUGCUGACAGCAUGAAAAUCUUAGAGAAUUAAGGUUGGAGUAUCACAGAGGAGCCUUAAUGUACUUUUGCCAUAGAAACGUAAGACAUAUAACACUGUGCCUAUUUUUUCCAUUUACGAAAAUUUAUUUUGUGGUGCUGUAUCUUAUCCCUAUUAUAAAAAAUUAUGCUGUUAUUGAUUUAUUCAACUAAUAUACAUUUCAUUUAUUAUGAAUUCAGUGAAUUUUAACCCUCCAUCCAAAAAACCAAUGAUAUAUUUAUUAAAAUUUUAAUUUUAUGGUCAAUUUGUGAAUUUAAAACAAAUUAUUACAUUCUGCAGGUCAGUAUAUCCAAAAAAUCCUUAUCUAAUUUACAUCCAUGAUAAUGGCUAUAAUAUGGAUUUUAGUUGAAGUUUUAAAGCUUCAUAUGUUUAAAAUCAAUUUAUAUAUUCUCUCCUUAUAGGCUUGAUCUGAUUUUUACUACUGUAUGUCAAGCAGGUCUUCAUAAAAUAUAUAGAAUUAUUUGUACAGAACAUGUAAAUACAUUUAUUACUUUUAAUACUACUGUAUAUGUACAUUUUCCUAUCUACAGUGUUUAAGAUAAUGUAAUAGGCACUUGUUGUAAUAAUAAUAAUGUAUAUGUCAAUUGUGUAUUUCACUUAUUUUAUUUUCUGUAUCUGCAAACCAAUUUUCAGCUUCAUAUGUUGAUUUAUUGCAUAUACAUUAUAUAUAUUCUUUUACUCAUUGUUCUUAUUUAGUACAUCUGUUUAUUCUUAUUUUUUUACAAACACCAUAUUUAUUUGCCCCUUUUUAAACAGAAACUGAUGAAAAUGCAUACAACUGCAGCACACUUUUAUACAUAUAAUUUAUAUUUUAACAAGUCAGCCGUCUCCCACCAAAGCAGGGUGACCCAAAAAGAAAGAAAAUACUUUCAUCAUCAUUCAACACUUUCACCUCACUCACACAUACUAUAAUUUUGAUUAAUAUAUGGCUUUUAAUGAAACAAAUUUGCCAGAAUAAGUGCACUAUAUUCCUAUUGAAUAUUAUUUAUCAAUGAGAAAAGAUUACACACAAAUAGCAAAAAAUGUUCUCAAGUAUAAAAAUGCUGUUGCCCCGUUGUUAAGUUUCAUUUUGUUAGAAAUAUUAUUCAUCUAAGACAUCUUAUUACGUACUACCAAACAGUAUCCUACUACAGAGCAGGCCUUCAUUAAUCCUUGACACUUUAGUGUUAUUGACAUUGAAUUUUUAUUUAGUAUUUAACAUCUCUUAAGACUGCACAGAAUGCUUUUCAGUGCAAUUACAAGUUUCCUGAACACAAUGUUUGUGGUUUGUCAGUUUAACCCUUGUGGACAAUGUUCAUUGGGAGGUUAUUCCAAAUAGGUAAAAACUAUUCAGCAGUGACAUAAGAAUAAAAUUGCACUCGAAAGGCUCAUUCUAUUUUAUAAGAGAAUUAGCCUUAUUGCAGUUUUAUUAAACUCAUGACAGGUAAUCUCAUUAUCAAGAGUUUUAUUAAUUGUUUUAUUCUCCGUGCCAAAAGUAGGAAUUCCUCAGCUGUGAACAAUAUUCACAAAAUUUUGCAUGUUUGUAGCUUGCUUUCCCUCCUUUAAUGAAUCACUUAACAUAAGGACAGCUGUUAAUAGUACUACAUUAUUAACAUGGGCAAAGCAAGAGUGAUGGUACAAUGUGGCAUGCUCAGGUAUUUUACUUUGUAGACCAUUUGGCCAUAUUCAUCCCACAUUGAGGUACUACUGUACCAUAAUUGACACUGAAAUAGACUGAAAUAAUCUGUCUACAGGUCACUCUGUGCUGAGUAUUCCAUAUGUGUUAAGCAAUUUUUGUGAAUGUUACAACUUGCUAUUUAAUGAACAGCAUUUCUUUAUGGUUUGCCUUAUAUUUUAAAUUUCACAUUAUCCUUUUAAAAUACUGAGUUUAUAUCUCUUCUUUAUUCUUUUGCCUUACUUAUACAAGCUAAGCUGUCAUCCUUUCCAUACAUUUUUAUUUGCUAGUUCCAGUGGUAACUUCUUCAACUUUACUAUAGCCAGCUUAAAUGCUGUGGAAUGAUUGAUUUGAGCAAUUAAGAUUUCUGACAUUGCAAAACAUUGGACUGUAAGAGAGAGAGAGAGAGAGAAUAUGACUAUUGAAUACAUAAAAAAUAUUUAAUCCAUGACAUUUCAGCUUCUGAGAAGUAAUAAUACUGUAAUCAACAGGCAAGAUGUAAAAUGCCUGUGAAUGCCACAUAAGGGUACACAAAUGAGUAUCAUACUGCCAACCUUAAUGCCACACUUUUGGCUCCCAGGUAUAGUAACUUUAUUAUUUCCCUCCUUGGUUAGUAAUGCAAGUUUAUGAAGACCCGUAUGACAGGGUAAUGGUGAAUAAUGUUUCAAGAUGUAAAUAAGACCUGUAAUUUCUUAAGAAUUUGUACAUUUUAAACAGUAUCCAAAUUUCACUCUUCAUUCACUUAUUUUUAUGGCAAUAUUGUCCGUCAUGUAUAUUCAGUACUCUUUUUUCACCGUCCUAUAUAACACUAUCAAUCACAUUGUGUUUUUAUUAAAUAUGUAAUCAUUUGUUAAUUUUUUUUUAAUCUGGCUGUUAUAUCAUUUACCCUUUCAUGGUGAAGUGAGAAAUGUAAAAAUAUUACAAUUAUCCUAAUGUUAGACAGCAGAUUUGGUAAAAUAUUUAGGCAUUAUUUACAUUCUCCACUGUUUAUAUUCAUGUGUAUGAGGCCAUAGAAAAGGAAUUGUUGGGUUCCUGUUCCACGACCAAAAUGUGUGGAAACAACCUUUAAAAGUUUUCCUUUUGUGAAAAAUAUCUGUUGACUGACCAAAUAACUGUGUUCCUUAUUUGUCAAGAAAAAUAUUUGAUGUAUUACUACAUGGACAAAAUUUCCUUUAAAUGUAUCUAGCAAAUCAAAUAAUAGAAAAUUAAUUUUAAAAGUAUAUUUUUUCUCCUACCUACCAACUUUUUAUUGUUAGUAUUGUAUUUUGGUAGUGCUAUAAUUAUGAUUUUUGAAGAAUGGCAACCCAGUGUUUAAACUUUUUCUUAAGAAAAACAUUGAGACAUCCAGAAUAUAAUUGUAACUCAUGAUCAGGACUAUCGUCAGUUUCUCUCAUAAUUCAAUGUCAUUAUCUUGAAACAUGUUACCUCUUAAACUGCAUAAAUCAAACAAUAGCUUUUGCCUUUGAUAUAUUACAGUUGGGGGGAGGGGGGUACAAAUCUUCAUGUAUUCCUCAAAUGUUUCCUAUGUAAAGCAACACAAUAUCCUUAUUUUUAUUAAUUAUAUAAAUAUUUUUUGUGCUGAGCUUGUUUUACAAAAUUGUUUUGUGGUAAGGAUUUGGACCAAUUAUUUUUUACUUUUCCACUUAACACAAACUGCCCUAUAACCAUUAUGAACCUUAAUAUUUCCACACAGUAAUUUGUAAUUUAAUUAAAAUAUAUGCUGUGUAUGACCAUUGGCCCUAAUGCUUCCCACUAAAUGUUAAUCAACAUUGGCCCAGAUGCUUCCCACAACAAAUUAAGGACCAUAUGUUAAGCAAAGGUACAAGCCAAUCCUAUUUUUUACUUGUACUUGUGAGACAUGCAUCUUCAUAUGCUUACAGUAACUGCUUGGGUUGCUAUAGUCUGUAGGAACAUAUGGAUAACCAAUAAUUGACUUUGCUUGA